AGCCAGAGCGUCAGCGUUGUACUUUCUCGAGCCAAAGCAAUGGCCAACCCAGCUUUGACCGACGAUGCCGUGAGCCCAGGCGCAGUUGCUUGGGUCUUGACCUCAACGGCAUUCGUGUUCUUGAUGACGGCAGGGCUUGGCUUCUUCUAUGGUGGCCUGGUGCGUGACACCAACAUCAUCAACACCAUGAUGAUGAGCGUGGUCUCCAUGGGAAUCGUCACAUUGACUUGGAUGGUGUUUGGCUUUUCAUGGGCCUUCGGUGACAAUGGUUCCACCGGAUUCGGCAUGUUCAUUGGCAACUUCGACUACAGUCUGUGGAUGGGUCUGGACAUGAAGAUGUGGGGCGACUCUGGUCUUCCAGGUCUUGUGUUCGCUGCCUUCCAGAUGACCUUUGCCAUCAUUUCUUCUGCAAUCAUUUCCGGCUCGUUGGUGGAGCGCAUGCGUUUCAGUGCUUACUGCAUCAUGCUUGCUCUGUGGUCCCUUCUGAUCUACGCACCUUUGUGCCACUGGGUUUGGGGCCCUGGCGGCUGGAUUGGUGAGAUGGGAGCUCUGGACUUUGCGGGUGGAACUGUGGUUCACAUCAGCUCCGGUGUGUCCGGCCUUGUUGCCGGUGGCAUCCUUGGACCACGCAGGCACGUGGAGAAGGAUUUGGGCCCUGCCAACGUCCCUUUCGUGAUCUUGGGUGGCUGCCUCCUUUGGUUCGGCUGGUUGGGAUUCAACGGCGGUUCUGCUCUGUCCGUCACAGAUGGAGUUGCAGCCCGUGCGGUGGCCACCACUUUUGUGGCUUCGGCCUCAUCCAUGCUGACAUGGCUGGCCUUUGAGCGAGUCUUGAAGGGCAAGGCUACCAGUGUCGGUGCAUCUGUUGGUGCUGUUGCAGGUUUGGUGUGCAUCACACCUGCAGCCGGAUUUGUGACACCCGGCUGGAGCAUUGCCAUCGGUGCCUUGGGAGCUCCUUGGUGUUUCGCCACUGUGGAGCUGAUGAAUCGGAUCAACUUGGUGGAUGACACUCUUGAUGCGUUCGGCCUGCAUGGUUCGGGUGGCAUUGCAGGUGCCAUCUUGACCGGCAUUUUUGCAGUGGAAGAUGGCCUCAUCUACAGCGGUAGCUUUGAGCUGCUGGGCAAGCAGAUUGCCGGUGCCAUGGCUGGCGUGGCUUUCUCUGCUGUGGGCACUGCCAUCAUUGUCGGAGUCAUGAAGCUGCUGCUGAAGCUGCGCAUUCCAGAGGACCAAGAGGCUGGUGGUGUUGAUCAGCACACUCACGGUGAGAGCUACCACAGCCCCGUGAAGCAGUACCCCAAGGCUUCAGACAUGUCCGAGCAAACCUCUGACACCGUCUGAAGUCACUCCACUUAUCAAUUUUCGCUUCUUAAACCACUCUGGCUGAAUUCGUGCCUGUUCACAAGGAUGAACAGAGUUCCGAUUUGCGUGUUUCCGCAUAGAUAGAGCAUUUCUGCAGUCCUAUCAUGUCCUAUCCUGUCCUAUCUACACUAGGACACUAGGACUGCAGAAAAGCUCUCAGCACGGGCGCUUAGCCAACUGCUUCAUUGCAAAACGAGGUUUCUCCAUACAGGUUCCCUUGGAACUAUUUGGAACAAUUUUGGAACACAUAUCAUGGUCAAAUUUGACACCCGAGAGACCUCUUAUAGAGAUUCCUGAGGACGUUUGGAGAGCGUUCGGCCGGUUGGAGACCGUUUGCCAGGGACAACUCAUGAGCCACGCUCGACGCGACGAGCCAAGAAGAGCUCUGUCGCCAAAGAAUGCCAAAGAUCAGAUCGCGCAAAUUGAAAAUA